CGCAAUGGCGUGGUCACGUGUUGCUCAGAUGCGGAAGUGUAAACUGUUUUGCUAAAUAAAAAGCUACAGCUAUCACCGACAGUCUAGAUUGUAAUUAUUCUUUUAAUGAAACUCAACUGUAAAUCAAACCAAUGGUCAGGAUGACACACAGACACUGCCUGGAAGCCCAGGUGUACUCGGUCCCUCUGGUGCAGCCGGACCUGAGGCGGGAAGAGGCUGUCAAUCAGAUCGCUGAUGCACUUCUGUAUCUAGAGGCAAUUUCCACCGACAUUUUUAGAAGGGUUUCAGAGAGCGUGGAGAAAAACCGCCACCAGCUGCAGAGCGUCUCUGACCGGAUCCGACUCGCUCAAGCCAGGGUUGAUAAGAUUAAAGGCAGUAAGAAGGCCACCAAGGUCUUCUCCAGUGCCAAGUACCCGGCCCCAGAACAGCUCCAGGAAUAUACAUCCAUCUUUGCAGGGGCGGCAGACCCUUCCUCACAAAGCUGCUCCAGGCGCAGGAUUCAGAGUAAACUUCGGCCUUUUGAUGAGAAGGUUCUGCAGGAGAAGUUAAUGCAUUUCCCAUUGUGUGUGAGCAACAAGAAGAAGUCUGAGGAUGAGGCAGAGGAAGGACUGGGCAGUCUGCCUCGAAACAUCUCAUCUGUCAGCUCUCUGCUGCUCUUUAAUACCACAGAGAAUCUGUAUAAGAAGUAUGUGUUCCUUGAUCCUCUGGCGGGAGCAGUGACAAAAACGCACACGACACUGGAGACAGAAAAAGAGCAGAAACCCUUCGAUGCUCCUCUGUCCAUUACGAAGCGAGAGCAGCUGGACAGACAGCAGACGGCAGAAAGCUAUUUCUAUGUGCCAGACUUGGGUCAGGUCCCCGAGAUAGAUGUGCCGUCCUAUUUGCCCGACCUGCCAGGCAUCGCAGACGAUCUGUCAUACAGCGCAGACCUCGGUCCUGGAUUUGCACCGUCAGGUCCCAUACACAUUCCUGAGCUUCCCUCCUUCAAUGAUGACAGUAGUGCACCUGGAACCCUCCUUCCAUUGAAUUCUCCAUCGCUCUCUCCACCUCCACCGCCUCCUCCUCCUCCCCCUCCUCCUUCCCUUGCUCCUGCUGCUCCCAUGGGGGUCCCACCUCCACCACCCCCUCCUCCCCCUCCUCCAGCGGAAAGCUCCUCAGACGUCACGGAUGUGCCAAGCUCAGGUCGCAUGGCAGGCGCUCCCAGCGAAGUGGUUCAGCCAUCAGACGGUCGUGCCAGUCUGCUGGAAUCCAUUCGCAACGCCGGGGGCAUUGGCAAGGCCAAGUUACGCAAUGUCAAGGAGCGCAAGAUGGAGAAGAAGAAGCAGAAGGAGCAAGAGCAAGUUGGGGUGGUAUCCAGUGGUGGCGACUUCAUGUCUGAUCUCUUCAAUAAACUCUCCAUGCGCAGAAAAGGAAUAUCUGGAAAAGGCCCGGCAGCUGGAGAGUCCGGUGAGGCUCCCGCAGGUGCAAGUGGUGCGUUUGCCAGGAUGUCCAACGCCAUCCCUCCACUUCCUGCCCCGCAAACAGCGACGGACGACGACGACUGGGAAGCGUGACGUGACGUGACGUGCGGCAGACAGAACCGACGUUGUGAAAAAGAAUUUCUCGUAUUGGCAAUAUUUGUUUUGAUUUUUCAAUUAAACAGGACAAUAGGACAGGACAUUUAUAAAUCAACUUAAAGUUUAUGCAAAAGCUCAAAGUCAAACUACAACACAAAUGAACAUUUUCAUUCAUAUUUUAUUUACGGUACCUUUGAUUUAUCAAUGGGUUCUAAAUAAAAAAAAAAAAUUGUUGUGAAAAAUCAAACUGAGUAACAAGAAUGCUUUCCAUUUCAGAACAAUGUGGAUUUUGUUCUUGAAUUAUUAAAACGUCAGAGUAAGAUGUGCCUACCUGUGCUGUGCCUGCCAUCCAUCUACAUUUUUAAGUAGUUCACAUUAGUAGACCUCAUUUAAGAGGACAAGAGCUAACUUUUCUUACUAAGAAACUGGGUCAGUGAUAACCUGUGUGCCAUGAAAAAACUCUUUAUUCCAUUGAUGAGCUGCAUUAGUUUAGAGCUGAAUAACAGUGUUGAUGACAGCAGAAAAUAUGUCACCUGAAAAAUAAAGAGCAUUUAUUC